GAAGACCCUGCCCUAGAGAAGGCGGCGGCGCUGGUCAGGGCAGGCGGCCUCAGCAAAGUACGACAGUUGCUGGCGUCGCGCGGGCGAGCGCCAGGCACAGCCGAGACGCUGGCUGAGCUGCGGGGCCCCGCUCGGCGCCCACCCCUGCCCACAGCCGCGCUGCCGCCAGCUGCGCGCGCUUUCCGCCCAGCCCGCCCGGUCGAGCUAGACCGCCGCAUCUGGACUGAGCGCGCCCGCUCUACGCCGAAGGGGUCUUCUGGCUCGCUAAGCGGCGCAAGCUUUGAGCUCCUCAAGUUGGCCUUGGACGAGGACGACACGCUCGAGCUUCAG